AUGUCCUUAGAUAAUGCCAAUUCAAGACGCAAUUGGGAGCACACCUCCCAACCUGGUCUCGUCACCAUUUCUGGCAUUCAGUAUCGCAUCUCUCGUGCCCCAGAUGGCUCCAUCUGCUGUCCUGUUCCUGCCUGCCCAGGUACCUUCAACAGGAGGUCCGCCUUCAAGACCCACUUGAAAACUAGUCCGUCUCUCCUUCUCUCCCUUUAUCUCUCUCUAUCUCUUCCUUAUCUCCUUCCUCCUUUCCAGAUCAUCUAUCUCCCCCUCACUCCUCGCCUCCGUCCUCCCCAACUUCAACCUCUUCUUCCUCAAGCCCCCCUCCCUCUUCCUCCCCCCUCUCUCCAGCCGUCCCUCGAUGAAUUUCAACUCGAUCCCAGUCCGUCUUUCUCUCUCUCCUCCAUAUAUCUACUCCCUUACCCUUCGUUCCCUCAAGCUUAUCUCUCGCGUCGUCCUUAA